AAGGUAAUUUAUGGAAAUCGAAGUCGAGUCGGGUUUCAUUAUCAGCAAUAUGUCGGAGCGAAAGAGUCCGUUGAAGGUAAUACCGGCCGAUUCGGAGGAUCAACUGGUGCAGGUGCUAGCCGAUCUUCUGAAGCGCUGCUCUCAGGAGGCGUUGGACAGGCAGGACAAGUUUAGCGUAGGACUUUCAGGAGGUUCCCUUAUCCAGCUGCUGACAAAAGCCCUGAAGCUUGGAGACUUAAACACCGCCAAGUGGUUGUUCUUCUUCUGCGACGAGCGGUAUGUGCCCCUGGAUGAUGGUGAUUCCACGUACGGUGCCUACAAGGCCGAGUGGCUGACCCAUUUGCCGGGCAUUCGGGACUCGCAGUUCAUCCGGGCCGAUGUCACCAAGUCGCUGGACGACUGUGCCGCGGACUACGAGGCAAAGGUUAAGGGUCAAGUGGGCUGCGGAUGCCUGCCGCAGUUCGACCUCCUGCUCCUCGGUAUGGGACCCGACGGGCACACCUGCUCCUUGUUUCCCGAGCAGCCAGCCACUCUCCAGGAGUCACAGCGCCUGGUCAUCCCCAUCCGAAACUCGCCCAAGCCGCCGCCCGAGCGGAUCACCUUCACCCUGCCGCUAAUCAAUAACGCCCGGGAUGUCACCUUUGUGGUUACGGGCGCUGGGAAAGCCGGCGUCGUUAAGCGCGUAUUUGUUGAUCUGGACAAGGAGUUUCCCGCCGCCUGGGUAAAUCCAACACAAGGACAGUUGACGUUGAUUGUAGACGCGGGAGCUGGAAAAGAAAUUGCAGCCGUAUAAAUGAUAUAUAAUAAUGAUGAAUAAUACAAUUUUUGAUACA